AUGGCUGAACCACGUUUAAUCUCGCAUCCUUUUCGAUACAUACUUCUGCUUGUACAAGAACUGGGAGAUGUUUGGACAAAGUUAUCUCUGGCAAGACCAAAUUUUACAAGCUCCGGAAUGAGGACAAUGAAGUCUCCCAUGAAAAUACUACAAAAGGAGGGAAUAGCUAUGAACUACACUAAUCAGUAGAAAAAGCUCAGGCCUUUUGGGUUGAGAAUCCCAGGAUGAAUUCCUUGACCUCCUCACUAGCUCUAUC